AUGAUUGCAAUCGGACUCGAGGGCUCAGCAAACAAACUGGGAGUUGGGGUUAUACUCCACCCUGACGAUGGCUCCUCUCCCCAGGUUCUGUCUAAUGUUCGACACACAUACGUUUCUCCGCCAGGUGAAGGGUUUUUACCAAAGGACACGGCAAGACACCAUCGCAAGUGGGUUGUAAGCUUGGUGAAGCAAGCUUUGAAAGAUGCCAAAAUUGGUGUGGCCGAUGUGGAUUGCAUAUGUUAUACUAAAGGCCCAGGGAUGGGUGCUCCCCUCCAAUGUGUUGCAUUGGCCGCGAGAAUGCUGAGUCUAUUAUGGGGGAAGGAGCUUGUUGGUGUUAAUCAUUGUGUUGGGCAUAUUGAGAUGGGUCGCUACAUAACUGGCGCCACAAACCCCAUUGUUCUAUACGUCUCUGGAGGCAACACCCAAGUAAUUGCGUACAGCUCGCAGCGGUACAGAAUAUUCGGUGAAACUCUAGAUAUCGCGGUGGGAAACUGUCUGGAUCGAUUCGCUCGAACGUUACACAUAUCCAACGACCCCGCUCCAGGAUAUAAUAUCGAACAGCUAGCCAAAAAAGGUAAAAGACUAGUUGAGAUUCCCUAUGCUGUGAAGGGGAUGGAUUGCUCUUUCUCGGGCAUAUUAGCUACCGUUGACGCAUUGGCGGCCUCAUACGGGCUGGGCGGCGCAGAGCAAGCCAAAAAGGAUGCUGACGAAGUAGCUCGAUCCGCAAAAGCCGAAGCAGCCGACUCGCUCGAAAAUGAUGACGGGGUAGUCAGCCGUGCAGAUUUGUGCUUUUCGCUCCAGGAAACGGUAUAUGCGAUGCUUGUUGAAAUUACAGAACGUGCGAUGGCGCAUGUAGGCUCGAAAGAGGUGCUGAUAGUCGGCGGCGUUGGGUGCAAUGAACGCCUUCAGGAGAUGAUGGGAAUCAUGGCCCGUGAUAGAGGUGGCAGUGUGUAUGCGACCGACGAACGUUUCUGUAUUGAUAAUGGUAUCAUGAUUGCCCAGGCUGGACUGCUGGCCUACAAGACAGGCUUCCGUACGAAGCUGGAAGAGUCUACAUGUACUCAGAGGUUCAGGACAGACGAAGUCUUCGUGAAAUGGAGAGAAUGA